CGCCAUUUUAACUUUCGCUUUUAUGUGGAUGUCGUGCGGUGUGUAUUGGUGGAGUAUUUUGUGGUUUACAAAUGUGGUUACAAAUGUAAAUGGAAUAAAAUAAAAUAAUUAAAUUACGUGUUAUUAGUCGUUACAAUGGAUUCAACUUUGGACGUGUCGUUAGUGGCACAGUCUAUAAACUUUCAUGGACAACAACUCCAAAAAACUUGGGAGGCGGAAAGAGGAGAGGAUGACCUCGCUAAAAUCGGCGUGGACUCGCGGGCCCUUAAUUUUGAGGUGUACCAAUCGAGGCACAAACACUUAACUUUCCAAGACAGAAGCAAAAGAUUAAAAUUACAUCAAUUCAUAGCGAAGGAAGCCAAUGCCUUGUUUGACUCAUCUCUACUGGACGAAGCACCUUCAUCUUCUACCUUAGAAAUUGACUCUACAACACCAGAAGAUAAUUUAUACGCACUGAUGCCACCAUUUGAGACAUUUUUAAAUGUGGACAAAUCGGCAAGAUUGAGACAUUUUUUUGAUAACGUGAAGAGAGGGGAGCUAAUAAUAGGAGCAGUUAUCAACCGGACUGCCGCUGGCAUGAUGCUCAAAGUAUUGUGCAUUGCUGGCCCAACUUCAAGAUAUGUUGCAGAUAUAAAUGUUAAGGCCUUUUUACCAGUUGCGAAUAUCAUACCCGCUGUGGACAAGAAAAAUGUGUCAAGAAACUACCUGAUGAAUGACACAGUGUGCUGCGAAGUCAUUGAAGUAAUCCCUGACACUGACAAAAUGGUGUGCGGCAUGAAGGGUGUGACUCGGGGACCAGACGACCCACCUCCAAUACCAGCUCUAGGACUCCUGAGCACAGAUGACUUUCCACUAGUAUACAAGAAAACUAUGGAAAUGAAAGGGGAAAAUUAUGAAGCAAUAUUGGAGAAGAGUCCAGGCUUCAAUAAUCCAAACUGCAUUCAAUACCUAUCGGAGCGACUCGGUAUUGCCAACAUGCACUGUUCAAACUUCCCUUCACUUAGGGGUGGAUUCCUCCAAACGGAUUAUGCAGAUGAACUGAGGCAAGCACAAGCAAGUAAGUGGGCAUUCAGAUCAGUCGCUGAAGGAAUAGAACACUUUAAAGCUGGACGUCAUUCGGAAGCAUUCCAAUGUUUGAACAAAGCCUUGAGUAUAGAUCCAAGAAAUGUAGAAGGUUUAGUGGCAAGAGGGGCACUCUACGCAAACAGUGGAACAUUCAAGAAAGCGAUAGAAGAUUUUGAGACCUCGUUGAAGCUUAACCCCAACCAUGCAAAUGCAAGAAAAUAUUUGGGUGAAACAUUAGUGGCCCUAGGUAGAAGUUAUGAGGAUGAAAAUAAGAUUACAGAAGCACAGAAAGCUUAUGAAGACUGUUUGGCGAUCAUACCACUACACGAGGAGGCGCAAAAUUCGUUAAACUUCCUCAAGAGUAAAACUUCAACCACAAAGCCACUGGUUGAGCCAGCAGAGCUGCUACUGCCUGGACUGACUGGAGCCAAAUCUUUCGAAAUGAAAGAAACCCUAAAGCAGUUAUUGAACUUGACUGAAAAGAAAGAUAAGAAGAAAAAGAAGAAGCGCGGCAAGGGGAAGAAGAAGAGAUCUAGCAGCUCCUCGUCAUCCUCCAGUGAUUCCUCCAGUUCCAGUUCAUCGUCAGAGUCUUCAUCUUCAUCAUCUGAAUCAAGUGACUCUGAAGGGCCAACGCGCAAGAAGAAGCGUCGGUCGGCGUCCCGCAAGCGGCAGCGGUCGUUGUCGCCGCUCAGCAAGCGCAUGGCGCAACUGGGCGAGGACACGUCGCGCACGCACAACUCGCAGUUCAACCACCCGUACGGGUACCAGCCGCCGCCGCCGGCUGACGAGCCGCCGCCGCCGCAGCGCUCGCAGGCAGAUAUCGACUAUGAGCUCAAGGUCCGUAAAUUCAUUGAAAUGACAAAAGAAGAUUCAGAUUACGAAGAGAAGGUGCGCAGCUUUUUGGAGGAGACGGCGCAGUACAAACGCAACCGUAAGAUGCAGGAGCUCGGUCAGCAGACUCAACCUGGGGGAGAACAUGACAAAAAGAAGAAGAAAAAGAAGGACAAGAAAAAGAAGAAAGAAUCUAAACGAAAAAGGAAAGAGCAAGAGCGAGAAGAAAAGAGAAAAGCGAAAUUAUCUCGCAUGUCAAACAACUCUGAUUAUAACACAUUACGUGAAAUUGAAAACUUGGGUGACAAAAAAUUAAGAGAUGCUAUUAGGAAAGAACUUAAGGGCAAAUCUAAGCGAGAUCUAAGCUCAGAUGGGGAGUAUGAUAGAAAACAUGGCGACAAGAGAGCGUUCGACGAAAUGCAUGGCCUCGAAGAAUUGCAGUCGAAGCUGAGCGCCUACAAGGUGAUGGUAGAGAAGAGCAAGCGAGACGGAAGAUCGCUCAGCCCCGCGGACCAGGAGCCGCCGCCGCCGCUCGAGAAGCCCAAGUGGAAGAUGUCAAUGAGCGCCGUCAAAGAACCAAACAAGAAGAAAGAGAACUCUAUUCCCAAAGGGUACAAGGAUCGAUAUGCCUUCGAUAGCUCAGAUGACUCACAGGAUCAUAAGCGUUCGCGCUCGCCAGCCAGCGGCGACAAGAACGUGUCGGUACGACGCGCCAUGGCGAUGAAGGAGCCUCCGCCGCUGCCGUCCGCGCCGCCGCCGCACAGGCGCGAGCCCGACCCGCCCGGCGUCGACCCGCCACACCCGCCGGUGCGCAAGGGCAACAUAGUGCUGGACAAGUUCGGGUCGUUCCGGCUGGCGCAGGAGGGCGAGACGCCGGUGUCCGUGGGUGACGGGCGGCCGGAGCAGUUCGUGACGCGCAUCAAGCCGCCCUCGCCGUCGAGUCGCCGGCCGCGCUCGCCGCCCUCGCUGCGGCGACGCUCGUCAAACUCGUCAGACGACGACAGGAGGUCACCGAAACGCUCGCGUAGCAGGCGGCGCAAGGGUCGUUCGCGCUCGGAUUCGCGCUCGCGGUCGGCGUCCAGCGGCAGCGGGUCUGCAGUGUCGCGGCGCCGGCGCUCCGCCUCUCCGCGCUCGCGGUCGCGGUCACGCUCCGACGCCAGCCGCUCCUACUACACGCGCAGUCGCUCGCGCUCCCGCUCCAUGUCGCGCGACCGUGGCAGGCGGAUGAACACUCGACGCGGCAACUGGCGCGGGCGCGGCGGGUACGAACGCGGCACGUACUACCGGCCGCGUUUCCACGCGUACAACGGCGGCGGCGGUCGCGGGCGAGGUCGCGGCGACUUCCGGCGCGACGACGGCCGACGGUUCCAGCCGGAGUGGCGCGACAACCGGUCGCGCGGAGGCCGGCCAUUCCGCCCGCGUAGGGGGGGCGGCGGACGCGGCAGACCGUUCAACAAUUUCCGAGGAGGGUUCAGAGACUUCAGGGACAGACGCGGCGGCAGGCACUCGAGAUCGAGGAGCCCGGACAGGACGCGCCGCUCGCGCUCCUACAGCCCCGAGAGGCGAGACAAGGAUAGAGAUAGCUACUCUCGUUAUUCCGAACGCGAUAGCCACCGCAGCGAGGGCGAGUACGAGGAGGGCGAGCGGUACGUCGACAGGAAGGAGUACGACGGCAAGUGGGCCGACGGCAACGAGCAGGAGGCGCGCAACCAGGACGACAAGCCGCAGGACGCGCCGCCCAAGGAGUAGGGACGUCACAGUAAUCGCGUAGUCUACAACUAGUCUAUUCCAGAUCAAACCUGUACCCGUAUCUUUUGUGAGUUAUUGCACGUUUUUUGAGUCAUCGCGAUUUGAUUUUGCCACUGGAAUGGACUAUGCCUAAUGUUAGUAAUAAUUGUUUGUAAAUAAUUUUCAAAUUUGUAGAUUUAACCCAUUAUUUUAGUUUUACGAUAUGUUCAUCGACUCUUGGAUUACUUUGUUACUCCAUAAUGACCAAAAAUCCAUUCCACGAUUGAUAAGGACAAAAGUUUGUAGUUCCUGUUUGGUGUCAAUGUGAAUAAAUAAUAAUUAUAACAC